GUCUUCCUGCUUAGUGAAGCAACGAGUUGCGGUGGAGGGAGCAUGCCUGGCCGGCUGCCAGCUUCCACAGUCAACUUCUUGGGCUUUUUUUCAUUACUCCUGGACAUGACUCGAAGAGACACGCCUUAGCAAUCCAGGUGUGGCUGCCAUGAGCUCACCUGGCAUAGGCGGGACGGGACGACCAUUAAAGCAACAGCACCCUCAAGGCACUCAUAUCUUCUCACACUUUCCCUUUGCCACACUUCGGAGUGAGUAUAUCACAGAAAACAGCUGCUGCAGCUUAGGUAAUGGAAUGAUUCUUUCUCUUUCUUUCUUUCUUUCUUUCUUUCUCUCCCUCUCCCUCUCCCUUUCUCUUUUUUGUUUACUCCCUGUUCUUCACUUACGGUUGCAACUUUUUUCCAAUGUCCCGUAUUAAGUUGCAUAAUAUCUGUCCCACUAUGAUAUGUCAUGUCUGAUGGAUUGGAAUGUAAAAUGCGGGAUCCCUCCAUCCAUUUUUUUCUUGUGACUGGUUUGGGUCCAGAGAUCUAGAACACGGUGAUAAAGAAACCCCCAAACCCUGCAGAAUCCUUUCGGUUCUAGAGCAGUCACACUCUUCAUUAUGCAUGUAGCAUGCAAAACGUAUGCGAAAGAACUGAAGUUGCUUGUUUCGACUCUUGACCUCACUUUUAUCUUUACCUUUGCAAGUGCUGUUGGCACAGGGCGGGAAGGACAGCCUGGUUGCACCUGGCUUUAUUCACGGAGCAAACUGGAUAAUAGGGGUUGAUGUGCAGAGGAAGAGUUAAGUGGGUUUUGGCUUGUUGGGGAAAAUUGUGGGGGAUCCUGCUUACAGUUGGACAGGUGAGCCCUGACACUAGGUAUGAACUUCCAAAACCUGGGGUGCUUCAGUAUCAGGGAUUUAGUAUGGAAUUGUCAUGCUUCGUUGGCUCACUUUUUAUGGGGCAUCCACAUGACACCAUCGUCCUGUCAUUGUCAUCCUGUCUUUUCUCAGGGUUCCUCCAGAUGAUGUUUAUUGAACAUUUGCCCAGAUUUUCUUGCACAAAGCUUAAGUGGAGGGUAGACUAUGCCUAGUCUUUUUUGAGCAUUCAUUUGAUUUGUUUGCAGGGAGAUUAAGUGUUCAUCCUGAUUUGUCUGUGCAGUGUUUAUAUGUUUUCCCGCAAAUUAUUUGUUCCGCCCACACUUUUCAUUGCAUUUUCCCGCCAUUUUCCUAACAAUGAAACGCCUGCAGUUGUUUUCUGUUUGAAGUGAGUUUGGCUAAGUAAGCACUAUACCUUUCCAGUACAUUUGAAGCACGUUUUCGCUGAAUGAAUUCUGGGCACUGCAGUUUACCUGUCACAGAGCGACAACUCCCAGCAACUCUUAACUCUGUGAGGGGCAAACUACAGUGCCCAGAAUUUUGUGAAGAAAAAUAUAUGCUUUAAAUUUACUCUGUGUAUGGCCCCUUAGUUACAUAGGAGUGCUAAAGUGCUGUAAUCCACUUUAAUCCAAACACCAUGCCUUUAAAGCAUUCCCCUACAAAUCCUAGGAACUGUAGUUUGUUAAGGGUGCUGAGAACUGUAGCUCUGUGAGGGGUAAACUGCAGAGUCGCUGAUUGCAAAAAAAGGGAAGGCUGGAGGGUCAUGGAAAUCAUGGCCUAGAUAGGAGAAAUGGAAUUAAAGGGCUGCAGACAGGACCAGAGUAAAAAUAGACAUGGGUUCUUUAGAUAUGAUACACUAGAUUUUGAUCCAAGCUUUGGAAGCUAUUGAGAGCAAUAUUGCUGCAUCAAACACUGACCUACAGUUAGGAAAGGGGGGGCAUUUAUUUGCAAAUUUGCGCUUCCAAAACAAAAUGAGAACCAAAGCACGGUUCUCCUUCAGACUUGGCCUGAAUUCUGCAAUGCAGUUCUCCAGCUACAAGAACGUGUACAAAAAUUCAUGUUUCGGGGGGGGGGGGGGGUUGAGGGGGGGUGUUGUUGAUCUUGUUGGUGUUAAUUUUUUUUAUCUAUAUUUUGGAUCUUGUGAUUUAUGUGGAAUUUUUCAGUUUGGUUGUGUACUUUUUGAUUUUUUAAAUUAUUGUUAAUGACUAGCUAUUUAAUUUUUUAUACAUUGUAAACCGCCUUGCACAUGGUUUGAACUUUGGAAAGGCUGCAAACAGAAGAAUAAGUGAUUGAUUGAUUGAUUGAUUGAUUGAUUGAUUGAUUAGUGGGAAUAACAUGCUGAAAUCCAUGCUGUUACAAGAAAAAAAUGCUCUCCCCCCAUAAAAAAAAUGCUUAGAAGAGGAGAAAUGUGUACAAAUUUUCAACUUAAGACUUUAAAACAAACAAACAAAUCUAGAAAAGAUAUGUGUGAAAAUGGAAAGAAGUGAAUUGAAGAUUGUAUAAAUAGAAACUGAGAGAAACUGACAUUAAUAACUUCAUCCCUGUUUAACAGUGGGGGUCAACGUUUAUUCAAAGCUGACUAUUUAGUCACUCCUUUUUUUGUUCUUCCCGCUUGAAAUUUGAGCUGCAAAAGCAAACAAGCCCAUUUCCUUAUCCUAGAAAUAACGUGGGAAGGAAGGCCGGAUCACAGAUUACACGUUCCUUAAUCAUCAUUGGGUUCCUUUGUGGCGCUCCUGGAUUAAGAGGGUGUGCCAGGGAGAUGGCGGGAUACCGUUGCCAUACUGAGGCUUGUUUGUUUUGACUAUAGUAACAAGAAGCCAUGUUACUAGUCACACAGCCUAAUGUUAAUACGCCUCACGGACUUGGAGACACAAAGCACAAAACGGUGUGACUUUAGAAAGGCCCAGGGUGAUUGUCUGUAGUCCUCAUGGCAGGAAUUUGACCCUCCUAUUAGACAGGGUGAGUCAGCCGCCUCAGGCAGUCGAUUUGGGGCAUCAUGAAAGGGCAGCAAAUGGUCGGUUAAUUCAAUUUAUCCAUAUUAUGUGUUUACUGCCAGAGAGGGCUUUCAGCCUCAGGUGCCAAAAUAACAUGGACAGCCAAGGACAGCUUAACUUGGAGUGGGGCUGGGGUCGCUUUACCUCAGGAAGCAAAAUGUCUUGGCUGGUCCUGUUUGAAGGACUGGUAGUGUGAAAAGGGCUAGUAAUAAGGGAAUGGCAUUUAUAGCCUGCCUUUAAAUUAAUAAAAUAUCCAAGGCGACUCACAAUAAAUAUCAUCUCUGCCCUCCCCCCAUUUAUUUUAUUAAGUGGUCAAUGACACCUCUAGUAAAUCACUAAACGCCUGGUAGUUAAAAAGAGCUUGUCUAGUAUAGGGGCUAAGAGUAUUUGCUGGAAAAUUUCUGGGUCAAAUCUCACCCCACCCCUGAAUUUACUAGGGGACUCCAGAUAAGCCACUGUUGUCUCAGCUUCCCAACUGCAAUAUGAAGAUAAUAAUACUGGCAUAACUUGCAGGACCGUUAUAAGGUUAACAGGAAAUAUGCCUAUGAAGCAUACUGAGCAUUUACAAAAUGUCUCCCAUGAAGGCUCUGUGUUUCAAGCAACCUGGGCUCCCCUGCUCUUAUUGUUGCUCAACUUUUCCCAGACAUUUAAUUCCUAAGUAUGAAUCUCAGGACAUGGUCUGCUAGCUAAAAGUGGUGUGUGUUUUUCUUUCAAAUAGAUUGUGUAGACCAGGGAUGGGGAACUGGAUUCCUCCAGCAGGUCAGAGUCUGACUUCGCCAACCGCCCACCACGAGCCAGAUUCUGACAUCCCCACCACAUACGCCAUGUCCCACUUUUCACACCCACUUGUCAAUUGCCUGAAACCAUUAUGAUACGCUUCCGAACCCCACGAGCAAAGGAAGCGUUUCUUUUGCUAAUCAAUUGCUCUCCAAGGAGAGCUUAGGUUAGUCACUCUCUCCCAGCCUUGCAGGGUUCUUGUAAGAAUGAAAAUGGCGACAUGCGGCCUUGAGCCCCUUGGAGGAAAAGUGGGGUAUAAAUGUUGUAAAAAUCUUCUGCAAAGGGCUAUGUUUCUACCUAUUUUCUUUAGCUCUUCCUUGUCUAUCUUGCAACAUCAUCUUCGUUUUACUAUACAAAGCUCUUCAGAUUUCUACUGUUCUCUUGCUCACUUUCUUCCCACUUUCCAGCUUUCUAACAUUUGCACUACUCCAUCUCCUCCUAUUUAUUUAAAGCAGCACCUGCAGCAAACUCAUCUCCUUCUCACGGAUUUUCCAAGAAAAGAGCUUAUGGCCUGCAGCUUUCCUCCUUUCCAUUUGUUUUUUUGCUCCUUAUUGUCUGUUGCUAUCAGAUUGUGAGCCCGCAGGCAGCGCUCAUCUCCUUUCAGCUUCUCAACGGUGCUUAGCUGUUAAAAAGCUCUAGAAAUAAUACCAGGAUUCCCUUACUGUUUAGCAGUUGAAGAGGCUCUCUGGGCAAACCUCUUGGGAGGAAGGUUUUGCCCCGCUGUUUUUUCCUCCACUUCCAGUACUGUGCUCAGUUGUUGUUUUAAUUAUGCACACAUCAGUGACGUACGGUGGGAACUUCUCCAGUGUUUCAUUUCUCUGUGGGAAUGUUUUCCAUUUCAAAAGUUCGUUAGCAGCAAUGAGUGAGUGCUAACCGCAAAUAAAAUUUUGGGCAAGUGUUUUGCUACAAGUAAAUUAAAUGGGUUAUAUUAGAUCGCCCUCAGAGGCAUCAGAAGAAGAAUAAAAAAAUCUGAUGCAAAUGGAAAAAGUUCCAACGUAGAUUACUCUAUUCGAAUUAGCCUGAUUUGCAUAGGAAAUUGUUGUGGUUCAAAGUUUUCCAAAACGACAACAGCAACCCAUCUACAUUGGGUGUGUGAGGGUGUCUGAAUUUGAUUUAUUCAUUUGUGACGUUUAAAUCCAGACUUUCCUCCAAGAAGCUCCCCAGAACAACCCUGAGAGAUUGUGACAGGCUCAAUGGCCAGUCGAUGAGUCUCAUGGUCUAAUGGUGGGGGGGAUGUUUGAGCCUAGGUUAUCCCACUCCUAGUGCAACAUAUGAACCACUGCAUCACCCUGGCUCUCACUCAGUCCCCAAAUCAUCCCAACCUUAUUUUUAAUUUGGUGUGUUGUUCUCAGAAAAAGGCUGGGGGGGACGGACUGCUGCUCUGUUGUAGUGAUGCUGUGAAGCACUCCUUAGAUCUUGGAGUAAAAUCGUACUUUGACUCCCGAACGCCUUGGGAGUCAAACGUUCCGGCUCCUGAACAAUCGAAAACUGAAAGUGAUUGUUCCAGUUUUUGAACAUUCUUUUGGAAGCCGAACGUCUGACAGGGCUUUCACGGCUUCCUGCAGCCAAUCAGAAGCCACACUUUGGAAGUCAAACAUUUUGGAAGUCAAACGGACUUCCCGAACCGAUUCUGUUUGACUUCCGAGGUACAACUGUAAUUGGAAAUUCCAGGGAGUGACUGUACCCAAGCUUGGUUUCUUUUGCAUGGGAGAGCAGUGAAGUUGAUGACCUCUAGGCUCCUUUCCAAGCUUAACAUUCAAUGAGAUCUCACCUCACCUUCAUCUGAAGAUGUGCAAUCUUUGCCAGCAUCUGAUGGGCAUUCCAAAACACUAAGAGAUCCCUAAUAAUUUCUAAACCAUUAGCUCCUACCAUUGAGGAGACAGUAGUCCAUCCUGGACUAUUAAGUAGAAAUUUACCUAUGAAAGGAACAGUCAAAGGUGUCUUCUUCUGUAGCCAGUAUUAGAUUUAAAAAGAAGAAGUUCUGUGCAGGCAGCAGGUUUGGGGGGGAGACUGUAGCUCAGGUUCAGUCCACCAACAUCUCAAGGAAGGGCUGGGAAAGACUCCUGCCUGAGCCCUACACAGCUGUUGCCAGUCUGUGUAGACAACAUUGAGUUUGAUGGAGCAAUGGUUAGUCUCUAUGUAACACAGUUUCCUUUCUUCUUGGGUUGCUUCCAACGGUGCAUGUAAAACAGAUCGUUGGUAUGGAAGGGGCAGGAGAUGGGUCAUGUUUAAAAGAGGAACAAGUUCAAAAAAAAUGUGAGAACCUUUCUUCCCCACCCCCGAUUGUGCAAAUCCUUACAUAUCUAUGUAAAAUGGCACUAAGCCUUCUCCCAAAUCAGAAACACCUAUUAUGUGGGGGAGAAAGUCCUCUGAAAUGCAUUGAUCUCUAGUUUCCUUUCCAGAUAAAAGGGGGACAGAAAGGAGCCGUUUUUGUUCACGUCCAACAGUUAUAUAAUUCCCAGAGCAUAACGUACUGGCUAUUCGUCAAGCCUUUUUUCAUCUGCCUCUCUCAUCAGCCUUCAGGGCAGUAAGUCAACAGUUGCUAGACAUGACGUACGGCAGCAAUUGCAGCCCUUACCUUCUCCCUGCCUUGAGCCUAAGCUAUAAACUUAGCCUGACACCCAUUUGUCUAUUCCUGAAAGGGCUUGCAUCGGUAGUGGUGAAAGCUUUGGAGUACAAUAUCUUAAGCAGGCUUGCAGAAAGUUAACUUAAUGGGUGCGCCUGAGGUCCAACAAGGAAAGUAAGGUAAACAAAGAAAUACAUAGCGAUGAACCUUUCCACAGUUGUUCUGACCACCUGCAGAAGAGCAUGGUGUUAGCUGAUACGAGUUACAUCCCGUUUGGAUUACUGUAAUGUGGUCUUCAUGGGGCUGCCUUUGAAAAGUGCUCAGGAACUUAAAUUGGCUCAAAGAGCUGCAGCCGGCUUGCUGACCAAGGCUGGUUAUAGGGAGCACAGUGGUACCUGGGGUUACAUACACUUCAGGUUACAUACGCUUCACGUUACAGACUCCACUAACCCAGAAAUAGUACCUCGGGUUAAGAACUUUGCUUCAGGAUGAGAACAGAAAUCGUGCUCCGGUGGCACGGCAGCAGCAGGAGGCCCCGUUAGCUAAAGUGGUGCUUCAGGUUAAGAACAGUUUCAGGUUAGGAACGGACCUCUGGAACGAAUUAUGUACUUAACCUGAGAGACCACUGUAUACAACUGUCUUGCUAGAACAGCUCCACUGACUACCCUUCAGUUUCCAGGUGCAAUCCAAAGUGCUGAUUAUUACCUAUAAAGCCCGAAAUGACUUAAGUGCAAACAUAUUAAGUCCAAAGAUUGCAGUUGCUCACCUGAACCUGCCCAGGUUUUGAGAUCUUCAGGGGAGGCCCUUCUCUUGGUCCUGCUCCUCUCACAGGCAUGUUUGGUGGGGAUGCAGGAAAGGGCCUUCUGGGUGGCAGCUCCCAGUCUCUGGAAUUCCCUCCCUGGAGAAGCUAGACUGGUCCUUACUGUCCUUCUGCCACCAGGUUGAAUACCUUCUUGUUUUAAUUAAAGAACUGGUGCCGUGCUGCUUUUAUUGCAAUUUGUAAGCAGAUUUUAUAUGUGUAUAUAGUUUUAAUUUUAUUAAUGUUUAAUUGUUUUUUCAGUGGUAGUUCUUUCUGCUUUUAGCAAUUCUUGUUUUUAUCUGUAAGUUGCCCUGAGUCCCAUCAGGGGAAAAGGUGGAGCAUUAGUAAUAAUAAUAAUAAUAAUAAUAAUGGGAAGAAGCAGCAGAGUUUGCGGCGGGGGAGGGUUUUAGUGGGAAACCACAAAAGUGUACUUUUACCUGACUAUUAUAUUCUCAACCCUGCCCUCUACUGACUGGAGCCAUUCAAGGUUGAUUAUACCCAACAGAAUUACACCUGUGGGCCGGAGGUUCCUGGCUGCUAAUCUAUAUCUCUAUUUUCCUAUCUGUGCUAUGUUUUUGUGUAUCAGUGCAAUUGCCCAUUUUUGCUGCUGCACUGUCUUCAGCCCUUCCCAGAGUUGCCCUUUCCUUUCUGUGCCUGUUAAUAAAACUGGUCUCUAUUCUCUGUCCACUUGCAAGGAAUCACAGUUGUUAUAGCAUGGGUAUGCAAACUAAGGCCCGGGGGCCGGAUAUGGCCCAAUCGCCUUCUAAAUCCGGCCCGCGGACAGUCCGGGAAUCUGUGUGUUUUCACAUGAGUAGAAUGUGUCCUUUUAUUUAAAAUGGAUCUCUGGGUUAUUUGUAGGGCAUAGGAAUUCGUUCAUUUCUCCUCCCCCCCCCAAUAUAGUCCGGCCCCUCACAAGGUCUGAGGGACAGUGGACCCGCCCCCUGCUGAAAAAGUUUGCUGACCCCUGUGUUAUAGCUACAUUUGUUAAUAAAACUUUGGGCUCUGCAUCUAUUGUUUCUACUUUGCUCAAGGACUCCAUGUCUUUUCUUUAAAAAACAAACCUGUUUUCUUCCCCACCAGCACUGCCUGGAAGAAAUGCACUGGUGACUGUCGUUCUUCUGUUUACAGUUAAAUAAGUAAUCUCCCUUUCUCCCUCUCUGCCCCAUUACCUGCCGUUCUGAAACUAAAGUGCAUUACUAGAGUGCUCAUAACCAUUUAUCUUCUGUUUUAACAUUCUGUUUGCACAGGUUUUCUCCUUUGAUGCGGCAGGCUCCAGGAAAAGUUUGCAGGUGUUUGCAACAUCUUAGCGGCUCACAGAGAGAGAGAGAGAGAGAGAGAGAGAGAGAGAGAGAGAGAGAGAAGAUAAACAAUCCUUGAAGACUUCACACCCAAAGGAUGUCAAGGGUGAUGCCAAACCACGUGCUUAGGGUCGGACAGACAAUAUGUGUUUCGUCCCAAGAAGACCACGCUUGCUUGCAGCCUAAUGGUUAUUCGCCUUGCCACACUUCGCCAUCGCAGUAUUUAUACUAUUCUGUAGAAGGCUGGGACAGACAGAUCUCAUUGACCCAAGGCAAAGGAGGUCCACUGCCCAAGAUGGAACUCUAUGACUCCUGUAAGCCGGCAGAGGCCACACAUAUGAAAUCCCCAAAUUUGGGGGAUAAAUGUCUGCCAGAGGAGCCGACAGAAACGGGCAAUGACAGCUGCCCAGAAUUCUCUCCCACUUUGGAUGUGUCCAUUGAUAAACUGAACCGCCUGAUCUUGGAAAUUGACCCCACUUUCCGGCCUCUCCAGCUGAAUCCGAUCCAAAGCCAGAGUCCUAACCAAGCUGUUCCACAAAGCAGCACAGCAGUGGCCCCAAAACAGGAGCCAGAAUCCCCAGGUAAGGUGUGGAAUUCAUUGAGUUACAGGGCUCAGUCUGCUGAGCUGAUGAGAGGGUCAAAUCACCGAGGGUUGACCUUUCUCCCUGUUGCCUGCCCCCAUGGGAGUUUAUUGCGUGAUGUCCCUCAGAGGAGCUCUCACUCUCCCAAAUCGCUGGAAACUUAGCUCCCACCCAAAAACAACUUCCAUAAACCUGUAGUGGUGAAUGUUUCACCAUUCUGACAAACAGCAGAUGCGGUGACAAAUCUGUGACUGAGCUCAGGGCCAAAUCAACCACGAGGCUAAUAAGUAGCCUUAAGCCCUCCUAAUUAUUUUGGCUUUCAAUUUCCCAGCUCAGCCAAUGAAGUUGAGCUUCCCUGGACUAGUCACCUGCCCUUAGGCUUUCCUUCCUCAUAGGUUGCUGUGUCUGAGAAUAGCAGAAGGAUAGGAAAGCUGAUAGUCUUCUACAGUAGUACCUCUGGUUACGUAAACUUCAGGAUGCGGAAGUGGCAAUACCAGAAGUAUUUGACUGGGUUUCGCCACGCACGCAUGUGCAGAAGCGGUCCUCAGGUUGUGGAAACCUCAGGAUCCGACCAGACCUCCGGAACGAAUCCUGUCCGCAGCCGGAGGUACCACUGUAUUAGCCUUUGGUCUUCCAUACCUUUAAUCUAGGCUUGACCUGGGUUGUAUUUCUUCAGACUGUAGAUGGGGACAUCAUUGAUUGCUCCACCACAAAUGCGCGCACACACACACACACCCAACCACUAAGGUUGCCAUAUUUCAAACAGUGAAAAUCCAAUGUUUUUAGCCAAAGUUGUUGAGCAAAUUUUCAAAAAAAGAGAGAAGUUUUUGAGCUAUUUUUAAGGAAAAUUCUGGGUAUUGUAGCUCUGUGAGGAGAAGUCUCAGUGGCCUUAACAAACUACAUUUCCCAGGAUUCUUUGUGGCAGGCCAUGCCUGUGUAAAAUGGUAGGAAGCUGCUUUAAAUGUGCAGUGCAGAUGGGACAUUUGACAAAGUUCAGUUCAGAUGAUGUUGACCACCUCACUGGCAGUUUGUGACCACUAGGCGUAUGAUGCAUCCAUUGACUUGUUCUAGUUUGUGGUGUUUCUCCCCUCUCCCCAAUCUAAACUCCAUAUGAUUGUUCCCUCUAACACACCUGAUUGAUUUUUCUUGAUUGGAUUAGAUGUGCCAAUUAAAUGCAGCAUCGUGUGUUUUGCCCAUGACAUGGGCUGGGGGUGGGGAGGAGCCUGUUGAGACAAGUCUGCUUAGUCAUUUUUUAAAAAGUCAGUGGUGAUGUCUCAGAGGGUGUUCCCUGCGAUGAUUGCCAAGGGCAACUUGAGAUUAACUGUCGUCUCCCCCACAGGUUUAUCUUUGAGCUGCAAUAACCAAGCAUGUCAGGAAACUAGGAAUAAAUUGCUUCUUUCCAUCCCACACACUGCUUUUUUCUAUGUUGCUGGAAAGGUUUGCACACACAAUACAUAUUCUUAUCUAAAAUGGAAAUGUAACCAAUGAUGUCUCAGCCCACAUCACAAGAUUUCCUGGGUGAUAUCCCAGAACCCACUUAGCAACAACCAGGAAAUUCAGGAAGCCACGGGGCACUGCAUAGUUUAUCAUAUAAAGCCCAGCCUAAAUGGUUUGGGACCAGAGAAUUUGAAGGCCCCCUUCUUCCUGCAUGAACGCGCUCAUCAACUGCAGUCAUCUUCAAAGGGAGCACCUACUCUGCACUUUGCCGUCAAGGCAGGUGUCUAUGGCAGCGAUGUGAGACAGGGCCUUUGCAGUGGUAGCACCUUAAUUGUAAGACUCUGUACCAAGGAAGAUUAGACCUGCUCCUUCUCUGUUGUCCUUUAGGUGGGAGUUUAAGACAUUUUUGUUCUGGCAGGCUUUUAAAUGUGUUGUUAUAUGGUUCACUUAUCAGUUUUAUUUUGGCUUUGUGGGGGGUUGGACUAGAUGACCCUCAGGAUCCCUUCCAACUCCACAGUUGGGAAAUCCAGCCAGAUGAUGAUGAUGAUGAUAAUGAUAAUACACUUCUAUGAUUCUGUGACUGCCACUCUGGCAGGUGGCUAUCAUGCUACCACUAGGUGCUUGAACCAUCUAAUUGCCCAUUAGAGCUUUCUGGUCCCCAUCGGUGAUGACCGUGUCAUGCUAAGCCUGAAGGAAAGGCAGAGACACAUUGCAUAACAAGGCAGCAUGACUCACACCACCCUGCUAGGUUUUGUACUUUGGCACUACUUUCAGAGUACAAAAUACAGACACAUCGCAUCAUUUCACAAAGGGUGUGCACAGGUUAUAAAUUGCUGUGUUGUCCUCUUGCAAAAAGCAUGCAAUUGGCUAUCAGGAGAGAUUCACAAGUGGGAAUUGCGCACCUAGAACCCUGUUGGGCAACAAUGGGCAACCUGUGGUCCUCCUCAUGUUGCUAGACUACAACUCCCAUCAUCCCUGAUCAUUGGCCAUCCUAGCUGGAACUCAUUAGAAAUUGAGUCCAACAAGCAUAUGGAAAACCGCAGGUACCCCUUCCCUGCUAUUGGAGAAAAAGCAGCUUGUGAACUUUUUUUGAGGUGGGAAAAACAGAGGAUUUGUAAGUAAUAGGUAGUUUGUCUCUCUAUUUCAGUGUUUCCCAAACUUGGGUCUCCAGUUGUUUUUUGUACUACAACUCCCAUCAUCCCUAGCCAGCAGGACCAGUGGUCAGGGAUGAUGGGAAUUGUAGUCCAAAAACAGCUGGAGACGCAAGUUUGGGAAACACUGCUCUGUUCUGUCAGGUUCUGUCUUCCUCCUACCUCUGCCCAUGUGAGGAUAAUUGUACUGACCAAACUUGAAUGAAAUAAUAUGAUUCUGCAGGCUGGGACUGAUGGGAGUUUGGCAACGUCUGGAGGGCUACAGGUUCCACACAAGUGGCUAUAUGUGAAGUACUUAGAGCACUCAAAAAGUGGUUAUACAAAGUGGUUAGAACUUUGCCUCCUGUUUAACACAAUUCCUUCUCUUUCUGUAUACUUCCACAACAACUGAAAAAAUUAACAUCUUCAGUGCAGAUUACAGUUGUCAGAUUGCAAUCUAAUCUCUAGAAAGAGAUAAACUGCAGUGGAGAGAAAAGAUUGAAAUAGGAAGCCUUCCCAGAAGAAUUGGGCAAAGAAAAACGCUGGGAGUUUUUGUUCCUCUAUGUCCAAACUGAACAAAUGUGUCACACACUUGUUAAUAAAAGCAAACUUGUUCCCACCCCCCACACACGAGGUUAUUCCUCCAGGGUUGGUAAAGUGGCACUAAUAUUAUGCAAAUCCUGCACAAACUCAUUGAUGCUGUGAUAGUAAAGAUCCCCAUUUUAUUUUAUUUUUAAGGAAACCUUUAUGUAUAUGUAUGUAGUUGUGUAUAACAAGGUUGGGGAACCUGUAGCCCUCCAGGUGUAUUGGACUCCAGUGACUUAUGUCAGAAUGGCCUGUGGUCAGGAUGAUGGGAGUUGAAGGCCAACAGCAUAUGGAGGGUCACAGAUUUCUCCACCUCUGGAGAAUAUCAGAAAAAGAUAUUUCAAGAUCAUUGCCAACACUGAGGUGUGGUUUUGCCUCUGAUGUAUUCUUGGGGAGUCACCAGAUGUUUUUCAUCUGGAGUCAGGUACAGACAGGACCUAUGAGAAAAACUAAAGCAUCAGCCACACCCUCCCGUACAGGUGCCAACAAGUAAUGGGCUCAAUGAUCAUCACUGGAAUGACUCUAUAUAACCCGUGUUUUGGCAGGGCUGUUUGCCUUCCAGAUCCUGGAGGUCGUUGUACCUGGAAAGGGAAAGUACCUGGAAUUAAGCCAGGAGUGACCUUUGAUCUCAGUUUGCUGCUUAAAAGAUUUAUAUACGCAUUUCAGGGCCGUUGCCUUCAUAAGCAGGGUACAAAAUAAUUCCACAGCAAACAUUUAAAGCCUAUUAAAAGCCACAUUACAUUCCUUAAAAUGAGCAGUAAAACUCAACAAUUAAUUAAACCAGCUGAUAAAUUCUUUUUAGAGUCACCCGUGAAAUGGCUGUAAGCAAUUCCAUUAAUAUGGGGCCGUCACUGAGAAAGCAGUCCCUAGUUCCUGUCAGCCUAAUGCUUCUUAUUGACAGCCCAGAUGGAUUGCCCCAUACCCCACUCAUUCUUGUUUAGUUCCCUGUCUUUUUUCAGACCUCAAAACCUAGACUUAUUUAUUGAGCAAAGAGAGAACUGAAUAGGAAAACGAAAGUAACCGCAAGAACUGUCUGAAGGUGGAAUCUUCAGCUCUAACCCAACAUAGUGAAUGCACUUACUGUUUAACCCCAUCAUUUCCCAUCAUUACACUCUGCACAUGCCCGGAGUCUUGCUCUUGGCUGCUUUUCUUACUGUGUGUAUCCCAACACCAGGUCCUGGCACUGAAAACAGGUUCAAGGACAGAGGCCUGGUUUGAAUGCGGCUUUGAAGAAUCAGCAACUAUAAACAUUUGAGCGUCACUGUGAAGCUGCUUGCAGUUUGAUGCUGUAGGGUUGAGCUGGCUGAAAGGGGUUGAGGCGUUUCUGCAAAUGAGACGUUUCUCCAAGAUUUGUCCCGAGGCAAAUCUAACUGCCUCUCAGGUAGUGGAUGUACCUUAAACCAGAAGUUCUGUCCUCUGCCCCCAAGUCAUCCUACUCUCUUGUUAGGAAAGAAACAAUAACUUUCAUGAAAGAUCAAAGAGAACAAUGGGGAAAGAAACAAAAAGAGUCCAUUUUUUUAAGAGUAGAAGCAGCCUUCAAAUUGGGUUGGGGAGGGGCAGCCAAAUUUUGAGCUCUUGAGGAAGUGACUCACACAGCAGGCAACCAAGGGGAGAUGGGAGCACGGUUAAUUCUAACAUUUGCAGAUUCCCUUCGUGAAAAUGGUUUUCCAUACACAUCAAGUGCCUUUUCCUGGAGCCAGCCAGGAUGAACUGAUGAAAGCCAAUUUUAACUCAUGAGUUAUUGCUGCAAUCUGCUCUGAUUGUAUAUUUUAUCUUUAUGAACGCUGUUUUUAUUAUGUUAUGUGAGCUGGUCUUUGACUGUAAUAAAUUAUCUAUCUAUCUAUCUAUCUAUCAUCUAUCUAUCUAUCUAUCUGCCUCUCAGAAUUGGCUUUAAGGGUGAGAGUAGCCAGACUUGUCCUGCCCCUCUAGCAUUUCACAGUUGCUGAAAGUCAAAUUCGUGAAGGAUGCUUUUCCCCACUCUACAGAGCAGUGGUGGUGGUGAUUUUGCUGCAAGGAUUACUGAAUCAUAGAAUUGUUCAGUUGCAAGGGGACCCCAUCUAGUCCAGCCUCCUGCCAUACAGGAAUAGUGUGAAAUAGUGUGAAGCUCUUUUUACAAUGUUCUCUCUCUCUCUCUCUCUCUCUCUCUCUCACACACACACACACACACACACACACUGCUCUUCCAUGGUGCUUCCAGGGCAAUUUACAAAAGUACAGAACAAAAUGCAAAUAUAUAUAUAGAUGUGAAAAUAUAUAUUGCUUCUUAGUGUAGCGAAACAGGUAUAUUGUUAAAAAACAAAACAAAACAGGGUUGGAGACUAAGCUUUGCUGAGCUCUAUUUCAUCUUGUCUGUUGCUCUUUUUUGCCUCUGAGGUUUUUUGAUGUUUCUUUCUGCCAGACAUAAAGUACAUCGAAAUGACACCUGCCAGAGCAAAGUGCCAGGAGUCUCUGCAGAACUCAGCGAGUCCGUCCAGCGCUCCACAUUCCACGUCUCCCCCAAACCACUGCCCUUUGUUCCCCCAUGGAGGAACCUGCUCCAGUGGCCACAUGACCUUCAUGGUUGGCCACGAUCCUGGUGGCCCCCAGUAUCCCACAGGGAGGCAGUCGCCGGCUUGCAUCCGAGUCUCUGAAAGCAUCUCCAUCCCACAGCAGGACCAGAAGGGCUAUGGGUCAGCUUCCCUCCUGGCUUCCUCCCCAGGCUUGGAGAACUUACGGAAGCUGUCUCAGCAUGGGAGGCUGGUGCAGCGAUGCAGCGAGGCAUCUCUGCUGUCGACAAGUCCUGGGUCGGACACCAGCUACUUUCUUGGAAGGUAAAGUUGUUGCUUUGGAAUCCUUUGUACCUGAUCUAGAAGUUAACUCAUUCGGGUUUCUGUACCUUUAUAACAGCAGUUGUGCAGAAGUUGUGCUUUCAGUAGGUGGGAGCUUGUCAUGCACAUCUAUUAAAGGUACAGAAGCUCUAUCAUCUGGGCACCCUUAUGCUAACUGAUAAUUAUGGGAGAGGACUAGGAAUUGAAUGGAGUAUCCUGGAAUAAAAGGGACUGGUUGAAAUUCUGAACUGGAGCACUCCCCACCGCAACAUUUUGUUGCAGAUCCCUUGCCUACUUGCGAUUUUUGAGUUUGGAAGAUAAGAGGCACCACGUACUAUAAGACAGGGUAGCAAACAGGAUCUGGUCGAACAGACUGGAUCCUGAGCUUCACCACCUCCCCGCAGGUCAUUGUGACAGGUGGGUGGGGCUGCACUACCUGUCAAUUACCAUGGUGUAAAGUCACUAAGUUUCCAAGGAAUGUGUGCUCUAAGCACACUCCCAAUUCUUUCCUUUCUUUCUGCAGGCACAGUUUGUGACUUGACAGUGCCCUUCAGGCCAGAAAGACCUGCAGGCCUUGACUUGGUGCUAAUAGUUUUAUGCCUCUUCCUUAAUGCCUCCUCCUGUGUUUCCUUUCGUCUUUUGCAGCAGCUCCCAGUCACUGUCCAACAAUGAGCCCGACACUCCUCAGACCAGGUCAACGGGAAGUCCUUCCUCUGUUGGAUCCCUCAAUGGUUCUUCCCUUGGUUCCUGGAGCUCAGGUUCCUACUAUCCUGGUGUCAGUUGCUCCCAGAAAGGGAAUUCUCCCCUACCUCAGCCAUUCCAGAAGGGACAGACCCAUAGCUGCUCUCCUUCACCCGUCAGAAGCUCCCCAUCCCCUGUGCCCAUUGUGCUUAUCAACGGCCGUCUGGAAGACAGUGAGAUGUCCUCCAAACUUUACAGGAAUCACCCAGGUUCUUUCAAACAGAAGAUGGUCCCACCCAGUUCUGGCUCAUUUUCAGGUGCCAGCAGUUCCAACAAAACAUCUUCAGAGAGCUCGCUCUCAUCUUCUUCGUCUCUGGACAGUAAGUCAUCUGACCCCUGUGAUUAGAACCUAUAUAUAUUUUAAAUUUCAAAACAACUUUGUUGCAAAUGGGGCACAUGGAAAGGAUCAGUGCUUGGAAUGUUUAUUUGAAAAAAACAAACGAAUUCAAGUUUGUCCCAUUGAAAAGGAACCGGUUUGAGUUCAUCCUUUAAUUAAACAGUUCAAGUUCAUCAAAAUGAACUUUUUAGUUUAUAAAAAGUUUGUCUUCAGCAAAAUAAAAUCCAACAUUCAGAAUAUUACAAGCUGUUGUGCUCACGUAAGGGGUCCAAAAGCAAAUUGGGGGCCACGCACAAAUAAAAAGAUAUCGUGACAGAUAGAAUGGUGGUGAAGCUUUCCCCAGAAUUUUAUUUCCAUACUAGAAAAGGCUUGCCCUGUUUAAUUUGUACCAGCCACACACAUGUCAAAGGCACAAUGCAUCACAGGCUUUUUCCCUGUACUAUUUGGUGCAAGCUACUCCUGUUGGAAGAGGGAAAAUCCCUUUAGCACAGACAAUACCAGAAAUGCCGGACAUUCCUUCCUUCUGAUUGCUUAGCAGCAGUAAUUAAGUGACUUGGAGAUCUUAGCAACAGCAGCAUCUCCGUAUCUGCCUAAUAAGCCUUAGAGCACAGCCUCCACUUUUUGCUUUCUAACUUUCUUUAUUUAAAAAAAUGAAAGCUAAGUAUUCAGUCAUACUGCAGAGGGUAGGGAGAGAAUGAAUGUGAAAAUGAAUUAGAUACCUUUAAAAGAUCUACCCUAAAAUUAAUUUACCUUUCGUUCACCCGGCAUUAAGGGAACUACUUUCAGGUAUAGUUCAGUCAAUGGCUAAAAUCUUUUAACAAUGAAUUCAACAGGUUAAUUUUUGUUCUGUGAAGAGAUAACUUUCCUCUUACAGUAUUGCCAUAAAUCUGUUGUCUAGCCAUUUCAAUGGAUGGUUCAUUUCAAAUAAUGUGUCUUUUUCCCCUGGAUCUUUAUGAUUUCAUAAGUCCCUUUCAGACCCCACUUAAGCCAUCUGUUUUCCUAGCCUAAAAUUUAAAGGAACAAUGAUUAGUCUCUCUGAUCAAUGCAGUCGCUUUUUGGACAUUGCUUCCAGCUUUUCCUGUAUCCUCUUCCCUCUUGCAGGCUAUUCCAAAGAAACCCAGACAACGAUGAAGUUCGUGAUGGACACCUCCAAGUAUUGGUUCAAGCCUAGCAUCACAAGGGACCAAGGUAAAAUAAGUUCAUGAGGGAGGUGAGGGAAUAGCAGGGAAUUUAAGAAACCGUGGGCGAAGCUGCACCCAUAUUUUCUUCCUCUGAUAUAGCAGGGCCCAGGGUCAUCCUUUUCAGUCACUUUUCCUAACUCGACUGGGCAGUCGGGGCAGGGGUGGGGAGGGUUAAAGAUGCUCUCCUGAGCACUGCUUUCCCCAGCAACAGUGCCAGAUUUAUGUAUAGGCUAAGUAGGCUGAAGCCUAGGGCCUCUAAAUCUAGGGGGCCUCACCAGCCUGCCCUCUCCCCAGUGCCACAGUCUCCCCUCUCCCAAAAUUGAAAACCCAAGACUUCAUGCAAGGGCAGGGCAACUCAGUCCUCUACAUCUAGGGGGCCUCACCAGCCUGCCUGCUCCCCAGUUGUGAGGGUGGGGGUGGGGAGGAGCCUCACAAGUGGAGUAGACUAGGGCCUCUGUUCAUUUAAAUCCAGCCCUGCCCAGCAAACGCCACUACCCCUGCCCUGGCUUUACAAAUUAGAGGUAAGCACAGGUUGGAGAAUCCUCCUUCGCUUAUUCUGAAAGUACCAAAGAGAGAAGAACACAUGCAAGUCCACAUAUACAAGAGAAAGGGAACCUAUAGCCCCCCUGAUGCUGAUAGACUGCAACUCACAUCAUCCCAGACCACUGGCCAUCCCAGACCACCUCCAGAGUCCAACAACAUCUGGAGGUCCAACCACAGGGUUCUUGCAAGGAUUACAAUGAGGGCAGGGAACUUCAGUGCAAAGUGGCCCUCCAGGCUUCUCUAUCUGGCCCACAGAACUCUCCCUAUCUCCACAGCCCCUCCCCCCGCACUGCCCCACACUGGUCUUGCUGUGCAUACAAAGUGUUUUUGCCUGCAGAAAUGUGUCCCUUGCAUUUACACAAUGAAAUGUUUUGAACACUAGAAAGCACCAUACACACUAUUAUUAUUAUUAUUAUUAUUAUUAAUUAUUAUUAUUAAUCACAAUAUUGCCAUCCCGCCUGCCUUCAUAAAAUAACGCCCUUCUUUGGUUAUGGCGAUGCUUUGCCUACUGUGUGCCGUUAAACAGCUGUCCAGAUGCUAGCUGAUGAACCUCCUGGCACUUUCAUCAUGCGGGACAGCACAUCUUACCGCGGCUCGUUUGGCCUGGCCAUGAAAGUCUUCGGCGGCAAAACAGGUACUGAGGCUUCCCUUUUGAGGGGGGGAGGGGGUUGGUCUUGCUCAAGCAGGGGUGUGUGGUCAGUGGAUUGUUCCCCUGGAACCUUCUUCCCAAAGCCCGAGAAGCUUCUGCCCGGCUUGGGGGGGGCACGAUGCUCAUGUGUGCAACAUCGCCACCCCCCAAAAACCCCUCACAAGCUGGUGCUUCUGGCCCUGUGUUCCCCUAUGAAAAAUUUCACUGCAUACCACUGUUCUCAGGAGCUUCUAUUGCAAGUUCCUGCAGGAUUUUAAUACCUGCCUCAGGGUUUACUGCCCUGAGGUUUCCAGUCUUAGUCUUGACAAUAUAGAUAAAGGAAGGGGAACAUAGAAAAGGAGAUCUGAAUACAGUGGUACCUUUAGAUACGAACGGGAUCCGUUCCGGAGCCCCGUUCGCAUCUAGAGGUAAACGUAUCUAGCGGCGGCAUGUCUGCGUACGCGCACGUCGCGUUUCGCCCCUUCUGCGCAUGCGCGUGACGUCACUUUGAGUGUCUGUGCAUGCGCAAGCAGCGAAACCUGGAAGUAACGCGCUCCGUUACUUCCAGGUUGCCGCGGAGCGCAACUUGAACACGCUCAACUUGAAGCAAAUUUAACCCAAGGUAUGACUGUAUGUGUCUUCCCAAACUUCUGCUGGCUGGGGUGCACUUUAAAAACAAUAAUAAAAAAAUAAAACUGGAACCACACAUCACUCUUGCAACUGGAAAGAUGUGGUUUUAGGGUGUGACAGUGCCUACUGUCUAUGGUCACAUCUGCACCACCCAUUUAAAAAUACAUAGUUUUCUCAGAAGAAUCCUGGGAACUGUAGUUCUUUAAGGGUGCAGGGAGUUGUAGUUUCUUUGAGGGUGAACUACUGUGACCUGGAUUCUUUGGAGGAAGCCAUGUGCUUUAAACGUAUGAUGUGGGUGUUGCCUGUGUGUCUCUGCACAUAGGAUGUUACCUAUGUAACUCUUGUUUUGCAUUCAGGAUUCCAACUAAACAGCUUACAUUGAGAAUGUAUUUGAAAUGGUAUAACCUUUAUUUCUAUCAUUUCUUUAUAACAUUUCUUUAAACAGAUUUUAGGAACAGCUCUUAAAGUUGGUGGCAGAUCACACGGCUCCUUUCACGAGAGAAAAUAAAUUGUUGGGUUUAAAAUAAAAUGAAAUCCAUGUCUGUAAAACAACUGGGAGGUGGGAGAGCCAAAUAGUAAAUUCUCCCUCUCCAGCUUUUUUAAUGUUGUACCACAGAAAUAGCAUCGGUGAUUAAAAAAAGAACAAAAGGCCAAGAAUUUAGGAGCAGAAUAUGCUUUGCUAUGUUUGUUUGUUUUAAUUUUUUGUUAAAUGAUACCACCUUUCUGUACAAAGAAUACACAAAACAGUGUUCAGAAACUAAUGGGUUUAUUUACGAACCACUACUUGUGAUUUAUAAUUUGUAAAUAUAUAUAUUUUUAAAAUGUGAAAUAGCACUAAAAUGAGUAAGGGGAAGGGGGUGGAAAGCGAAAGCAGAAGAGGAUGCAAAGACACGAGCCAAUUUUCAGAAGCCAGUUCAGUUUUUGCAAAGUCUCUGGUGCAAGAGUUGCAUUUCAAAAUCGUUUCAGCACUAUUUGUUUUUGCUUCAAAGGGGAAGAUGGCAGUGAUCCCAUCAGGCACUUCCUCAUUGAGUCUUCUGCCCGAGGAGUACACCUUAAGGGCGCUGAAGAAGAACCCUAUUUUGGUAAGACAGCCUUCCUGAUGCAUCUAUUUGUUAAAUGUCACUACAGUUGGUUCAGGAUUUGUUGUUAGGAAGCUGUGUGUAACAUGAGUGUUUCUGAAGUUACUGCAUUUUGCUGUUAAGAAGAACCCAACGGGAUCAAACCAAAGUUCCAUCCAGUCCAAUGUUAACACUCUUACUAAACAAGCCAUUCUGCUUGUUCCCACUCUGGCUUUUGCUAAACAUUUGGGGUGGAUCUCCAAAGUAAUGAGCUGGCUGGUUUCCAAGGACAGCAGCAAGAUCUCAUACUUACCUGUUUCUGGACAACCCUAGGAAGAGCAAGGAUGGAUAUGAGACAUGAUAAACUCUGGUUUGUCUCGCAAUGUCCCGAAAAAGACAUGUUAUCUCUGAAAACUGUUUUCUGUUAGUUGUUCGUUGGCUCCCCUAUAACAAUUUCCCUAGUUCAUUAACAAACAUUCAGUGCAGCUGAAACAAAAUUAAAAAAAUUCCUUCCAGUAGCACCUUAGAGACCAACUAAGUUUGUUAUUGGUAUGAGUUUUCGUGUGCAUGCACACUUCUUCAGAUACACAUUCAGUGCAGCUGUUAAUCAGUGGCAGAAUGCAGGGGGGAAAUGAGAAUUUUGGCAGAGAUUUUGGGUUCAGAGGUUUAAGAACACCGUGUACAAACCUCUUCCUCUACCUCUUUGUUACAGGAAGUCUCUCGGCGUUUGUAUAUCAACACACCAUCAUGCCUUUAGCAUUGCCCUGCAGACUGGUUAUCCCCAGCCAAGGUACGUUUAGGAACUGAAGCAAAUAAUUGCUGAAGUGCUGAAAGGAAUAGUGUGCUCUGUCUAGUAUUCAUGCUAGACAUAGGAGAGGGAUAAGGCUCUCCUGAUUUACGUGCCGGCUGGGGCUGGACGGCCACAGGUUCUUGGAGAAGGGAAUUUGACAUAUGUGGGGCCAUCAUCUGAAAAGGCCUUGUCUUCAGUGCCCACCAGCCUGAUUAAUCUUAGCAGGGCCUCUGAGGCCAAUUUUAGGGCUCAGGCAGGUUCAUAUAGGCUGUCCAUCAAGCAACCUGAUUGUUCAGGGACGUAACGGUUUGUAACAGUCUUUUAAGCUGAGGCCGAAAAUUCAAGCCAAUUCAACUGACGCAAAAUUGGUGUGAUAUGAUAAAAUCUUCUAGUUCUCACAAAUACAAGUACCACCUUCAAAAAAUAAAAAGGCAAACAGCCCACCUAAAGCACCGGGGGCGUGGGGGAUAGCUAGGUAACAACUGAAUCGGCAUUUGAAUCACUAGUAAAUGUGACUGUUAGUAGCACUGUGAAGAGGGAGAGGUUGCUUCAUCCUGCAGAAGAAUGAAGCAACUCCUGUUUUUAUGAUUCGGCUUUAGUUUUGAUUUUGGUAUGCAUCUUUAGAGACUGAUGUGGUGGUUCCCCUGUGCAUCAAAACUGAAAAUUAGAACAAUGCGGAUUGUAAUUGGUACAUUUUUGCCCUCUGUCUGAUUAGUUUUUUCCUACUUUGAUUUCCCCACCUCCAACCUCACUUCAGAUUUCUUUGGAGGAAGAGAAAAUCCUGCUGUGGGUUCAGAAGCCACUCUUCCAGUUUCAAUGAAAGCUGCAGGUAAGUGAAAUGGGAGCAUGCACACCUAUCUGUUAAGUUUGUAGGGGUUGUUUGGAGUAUCGGAGCCGAGUGUUGUAAAUUCACACCUGUUCUUCUGUCUACAUGCAGCUACAUACAUGCUGUGAAGAUAUCCCAUUUUGCCACCACUCAGACCAGCCUCAUAAGUAAACUUAGCCAAGCUAGUAGCCUGCAAAAUAAUAAUAAUAAUAAUAAUAAUAAUAAUAAUAAUAUAUUUAAUGUACAGUAUAUCCCACCUUUCUCCCAAACUAGGAUUCAAGGGAGCUUGCAACAUUAAAAAAAAAAAUUAUAUAAAAUACGAAGUAAUGGAAACAAUCUAGUUAAGAGCAAUAAUGAAAAUACAACGGAACACAAUUGUCGUGAUAGCAGCAGCCCGGUGAUCUGCAUCGUCUGCGCCUUAGUUUUCAAAGCCCUGCCUGAAAAGGAAGGUUUUGCAGUGUUCCCCAAACUGAGUACUUGAUACCCAGAGGAGGAGCUAGCUGUUCUGGCACCCAGAGCGGUGUGCAUGCUGUGCACCCGGGGGCGGGGCAAGCGUCCCAGGGGGGUGGAGCGGCAAUGUCACCCCCACCCCCCAGGGAUGACACCCAGGGCAGGCUGCAUCCACCAUUCUCCUCCAGUGUUGAUACCUCAAUUCCGGGUUUGUUGAUGCCCUGGCUGGAGGACGGAUGGUAGCUCUUCUCCCCAGCAUGCCUUAACCACACACACACACACGGGCUGUCCAACUCCAGGAAUGCAUAUCUGGCCUUUUUUUUAAAAAAAGUGAGAAACACUAGCAACCCGAACACCUUUCCCAUCACAGCCAUUUGGAGGGAUUUGGGUAGGGGGGGGAGAGUUUAAUUUCAUUUUUACAUUUAUUAACACCACCCCCGGAGGUCAGCAGCCACAACAGGUCAUUAAUCGUCCUUUCUUCUCUCUCUCUCUCUCUCUCUCUCUCUCUCUCUCUCUCUCUCUCUCUCUCGGCCUUCUGGCCUUAACAGUCUGCAAUCUCCUGUACCUGCAUUCCCUGACCAUGGAGACGCUCACUGGGAAAGCAGCAGUUCGGAAAGCCGUGUCUGCCACUUUCGAACUGGAGGUCCCGCCUACGCCCACCAUCGUCCACUUCAAAGUGACUGACCAAGGAAUCACCUUGACAGAUAUCCAGCGGAAGUAAGGAAGCCGAAUAGGACAGCAGGUGGCAGAGGAGGAAAGAGCAACUUUUCUUACAGAGUUGCCUGCUCUGUUAACUUGUUGGGGGUGGGAAAGAGGGCAAACCUUUUGCAAUGUCGGAAACAAAAGCAGAGGUGCUCCUGGUGUCUAUUUGCAAAUGGGAACAUGCGCAGGAACCGGGGAACACCCAAGGAUUUCCGCCCAAGGGGGAUAUCAGAGAACUCCGACAGGAGCGGAAAUGGCCGGUCUGUCCCAUGUGUGAAAUGGGAAUCAAACCAGUGAAUACGAUCAAUAUUCACCGCUGUUGUUGUCGUCCACAGAAUCAUGGAAUUGUAGAGGUGGAGGGGACCCUGAGAUUCCAGGAAUCUCAACUAAAGCAUCCAUGACAGAUGUGGCUUUCUGUCCACAAACGUUACAUGAUUGAUUACAUCCUCACCACACCACCCCCCACAUUUGCAUUCUGUUUCCUUUGCAUUGAGAUGAAUGUGGCGUAACCAUAAUGUAAGGUAAAGGUAAGGGGACCCCUGAUCAUUAGGUCCAGUCGUGACCGACUCUGGGGUUGCGCCGCUCAUCUCGCUAUAUUGGCCAAGGGAGCCGGCGUACAGCUUCCGGGUCAUGUGGCCAGCAUGACUAAGCCACUUCUGGCGAACCAGAGCAGCGCAAGGAAAUGCCGUUUACCUUCCCGCUGGAGCAGUACCCAUUUAUCUACUUGCACUUUGACGUGCUUUCGAACUGCUAGGUUGGCAGGAGCAGGGACCGAGCAAUGGGAGCUCACCCCGUCGCGGGGAUUCAAACCGCUGACCUUCUGAUCGGCAAGUCCUAGGCUCUGUGGUUUAACCCACAGCACCACCCGCAUCCCAACAACCAUAAUGUAAUUUUCAUCAAUUACGUAAGUUACGUAAUUUCAUCACUAAGGGCAAGACAGAUAAUGUAGGGGGGGGUUUCAGUGCAGCAGAAAGGAAACAGCACUGAAUAGUGCACAUACAAGGAGGGAUAGCCAUUUUUGAACUGACUUCUUAAGUAACUCAUUGGUUUUGUUUUGGGUGUUUUCCUUUUUAAAAAAAAGUAAACAUGCUUGAUUUUUGCCUCCUCUCUACAGGGUUUUCUUCCGGCGGCACUAUCCACUGGCUGCCAUCAGCUUUUGUGACAUGGACCCUGAAAACCGAAAGUAAGUGACCAGGCUGCUCCUCCAGUAUUGCUACCAGCAUUAACAGGAGGCCACAUGCAGCAAUUUUGAUUUCUCCCCACCUCACCCACACAGUUUAUUUCCCAAGCAUCUUUUAUUUUAGGGCCAGUGCUUUCUCUCCAUGUGGUUGGCCAUGGGAGGCUGAAUAACAAUAACAAUAACAAUAAUAAUUUAUUACUUAUACCCCGUCCAUCUGGCUGGGUUUCCCCAGCCACUCUGGGCGGCUUGCAACAGAUCAAAAAUACAUUGAAACAUCAGUCAUUAAAAAACUUCCCUAAACAGGGCUGCCUUCAGAAAUAAUAAUGGCUCUCUAUGGCUACUCCCAAAAGGGUGGGCAGACUUCAAGCUUGUCAGACCCACUCUGCCUGUUUGUUUCGCAAGAUCUACCAGCCAGAGCCAGCUGCAAAAGACAUAGAACUGAAGAACAGGGUGCCUUAUUAGCCUAAGGAAUUGUUUCUCAGUACCAGAACUGAACUGGGCUCACAGCCUUUUCACAGCAAACUGCACUCCUGGGACUCUGCUAUACAGCUGCAAAUAUAAAGUUUUAAGUGCAUUAUACAAAUGUGACACUAGAUGGCAAUGGUGCGCUAAUGGCAAAUUCAAUAUAUAGUUUUAAAACUUUUUUUAAAAAACGUUUUCACAGUGGGUUUGUUUUUAUAUGUGUCUAGAUUCCACCCUGGUUAGCUUUUUUCAUUUCACUAAGUGAGAAAAGUUAAUUUGUUGUUGCUAUUGCUUUUUUUAAAAAAUAGUUUUUUAUUAAUUUUUUUAAUUAUACAUAUCAAAAUAAACAUUUUACGUAAUACCAUAUAUCCAAUGACUUCCCUCCUUCUCCUUCCAUGGUUCAUUUUACUUGCCUACCAUUCCUGCAUAUUUUACUGUAGCCGUUUUAGUCAGUUUUCCAAUUUACAUCAUUCAAAUGUUAAUCAAAUUGUUGUAUGUAUCUUAAUGCUGCCGUUCUUGCUGUUGCUAAACCAUUGGGAGCCAGACACCCUUGCCUAUCUGCUGCCAGUCACCAGGAGAUCUACUAGUAGUAGAUCCCAAUGCACUUUCUGUCCACCCAUGUUCCAGACUAUUUCCUAGCAACCUACGUACCAUAUUCUUUGCUUUCAUCUGGAAAACACUGGGUUGCAGUGGUUUGGCAGCAACCUACCCUGGAUUCUUCAUAAAAAAGAAUGGCUGAAUCAAAAAGGGGAAGCGCAAAUGUUGUGUUUUAAGCACCUUCUUGCAAAGUUUAAUUGCUAUAGUAUGGUGGAUCAGAGCUGGCCCAAUACAUUUUGGCAUCUGACACAAACCCCCAAAUAGCGUCCCCCCUCCCUGCCAGGGAAUAAGAGCUGCAGGAAAAUCUGUACAGUGGUACCUCAGGUUAAGAACUUAAUUUGUUCUGGAGGUCCGUUCUUAACUUGAAACUGUACUUAACCUGAGGUACCACUUUAGCUAAUGGGGCCUCGUGCUGCUGUUCUCAUCCUGAAGCAAAGUUCUUAACCCGAGGUAUUAUUUCUGGGUUAGCAGAGUCUGUAACCUGAAGCGUCUGUAACCUGAAGCGCCUGUAACUCGAGGUACCACUGUAUCAGGAAGGGGGGCAGGGACAAAGAUCUGCAACAAGAUCUACUGCCUUAUAUUGAGUCAGACUGUUACAUUAAACAAGCCUACUAAUGAAAUGAUUUGUUGAAUAUGAAGUCUAAUUCCCCCUUCCUCUCUUUUUUGUAAAGGUGGCAGAAAUUUUCCAAAAUUUCCAGGUAAGCUAUAUGGAUGGGAUGAGCAGCUUCAUGGAAUGAGGGCUAUACGAUGAUAUGAGGAAUUAGAGAUUGCUUAGGGAAGGCAUAAGCAAACUCGGCCAUCUAGAUGUUUUGGGAAUACAACUCCCAUCAUCCCUGACCCCUGGUCCUGUUAGCUAGGGAUGGUGGGAGUUGUAGUACCAAAACAUCUGGAGGGCCAAGUUUGCCUAUGCCUGGGUUAGGGCGAUUGUUUUCUCAUAAAGCAUAUUAGUAGCAGCACAAUCAUGCAUUCCUGCUCAGAAGGAAGUCCUACCGAAUUCAGUGAGACUUGCUCCCAGUUAAAUGUGUGUAUAGGACUGCAGGCUAAGGGUUGAGAAAAAGGCAGCAACAGAAAUUCAACUAAAAGGUACCCUCAUGGUAAGCUAGCACCCAGAUGCUGAGGGUGCUUCCAAAUGGGGGUUUAUUAUGGGAGUGGGGGCUUCUCUGCAUGUCUUUUCACAGCCAUUGGCAUCAACAAGCCAAUAUGUAAAUCCCUGCCCCCCCCCAUUUAAUCUGGAUUUCCUUUCUGGGAAAAUCCAGAGUUUUUUUUUAAAAAAAAGGGGGGGGAGCUAGUGUGUCACAAACACACACCCAUUCCUGAUACCUGAACCAAUUCAUUUACAAUAUUGAAUCCCUGUUUCCUUGAACGCAAGUCCCGUUGAAUUGAAUUGAACUGAAUGGGUCUCACCUGCGGACGUGUGCUUAAGAUUGCAGCUCGUGUCCCUUUGCUUUCUAUACCCCUUCAUUAAUUUUGGAUUUGAACCUUAAUCUUCUGAGCCUUACUUUUCUAAAACAAAGUAUAUAACAAAAGUGAUUAAAGGGGUGAGUGGAGGUGGGUGUGGGGAGAGAAAUAGGGCAGUCAGCAUAGGUGAGUCACCCUGGGCGUUGCCUCCUCCCAGCUCCUUGCGUUCCAAGCAAGAUGCCAUUUGAACAAAGGAAUGGAAGAGAAAAGGGGGGUGGGAAUGCCUUUUGUAACUCUUUGCCCUUCCCCAUAACUACCAGAAGCAGAAUAUAUUCUGCAAAAUGAGGACAUGGAAAAUUCCUUAAACCACAGAGUAACGCACCACCUCUGGCUGUGCAUAUGCGACACAUUUAAAGCACAUUUCCUUCCCCACCCACACAAUAAAGAAUAUUGGGAACUGCAGUUUGUUGUGGGUGUUGGGAGUUAUAGUUUCAGGGGGUAAAAUAUAGUUCCCAAGGUCAUUGGGGAGGAAAUGUGCUUUAAUGUGCCCAGCCAGAGGUGGUGUGUUUCUCUGCGGUUUAAGGAAUCAUGGUGUGUCCAAAGUUCAAGUCUACAUGCUUGAGCAUUUCUUCAUCUGUCAUGAGCGUAAACCUAUCACAUAGGGAUUUGUUUCCUCUCUGUUUCUCGCCACAGGAUCUUCGGUGUCAUUGCCAAAAGCCCAGCAGACUCUGAGAAUAUCUGCCACCUCUUUGCAGAAUAUGACGCAGUGCAUCCGGCUUCCCAUAUUGUUGACUUCAUCAAGAAACUUCUACCUGCUGCUUAACGUUGCCCCCAAAUGCUGGGGUCCUCUGUUUCCUAGCAAUGCUGCCCCACCACUCCCUAUACCCCACCCCACCCGGAAGCACAACAGUGCGCUCUUGGUCUUUGAAAGCUCUCUGGGUUGCAUUUCGAAAAGGCUCUGGAGACAAACCAUGGCUGUAUGAGUGUUGUGAGGGCUGCAACAGAAAUGUGGCAGUGGGAAGCAGCAGCAGGUCAUAUGUCCUUGCAGGAAUGAUUCAGUGACUGGAUUGUCUCUCCACAGGAAGGCCAACCGUGUAAUUUCUGGGCUCCUAUUUCAACCAGAAUACUCUUUAGGCCAAUUGAUCAAAAAAGGUGUUUUUCUACCCUGUGGAAAAAAGAUAGUCUUGCAACAUGCAAAGUUGUACUGAUUUGCCUUGGUAAUAGCAAGUCUUUGAGAUAGGUCUGCCAACAGAAAAACCACUACAGGGAUCCAUGCUCAGUUCGUCCCUUGACUGGACUAUUGUAAUGUGUAAAUACUUAAUGAAGAAUAUUUAGAAGCUGCAAUUGCUGCAGAAUGCAGCUGUCAGAGUGUUAAAUGGUUUGGCACCAGCCUGCUCAUGUAAUGAGAUUAGCAGCAGAAGGCCUUCUUGUUGCCCCGUGGUUAGGGGAUACCCACAAUGCAGUGACACAAGAUAGGGGGCCACCAUGGAGAAGGCCCUGUUUAGGGAACUCACUUCCCUUCGCUAUAGGGACGACACUGUCAUUAUUCAACUUUUGUUGCUGGGUAAAUAUACCCUUUUUUCACCCAGCCUUUGAGAGAGGGUUGAGCCGAGAGGGUCAACUAUAAACAUGGCUGCCGUAGUGUUGUUAUUUUGAUACUGUAUAUUAUUCUUAUUAAAUAUAUACUGGACAUAUCAAUAACUUCUAUAUGAAUCUUAUUACUGUAAUCUGCCCUGGAACCAAGAGCGGCUGAAGUGUGGGUUAAAUGAUCAAAAUCGUCAAUUAAUUAAUGUCACCCCAGUUCUGAAAGAUCUGCAGUGGUUGCCUCCUCCAUGUUUGUGUUUGGCUUACAAAAUGGCCUGCUCAGACUGGGUGUAAAGUGAGAUUGAGACUAGAUCCAGAGGCAAGACAAAACAGGGAAAGGAUCAAGCUUGAAGCCAAGAUCCAGCAGCAGUAACAGGCAAUAUGGUGGGGCAGUAGUGCUCACCUAACCGUUGAGCCGCUGAUGCUUACAGGGAAGGAAAGAGCAGGGAGAAGUGAGGCAACAGGGAGGUUGGUGCAGUGCAAACACACCGGCGAAGCUCAUCUGGCACUCCUGCUUGUAAGCUUGCACCGCACCAACCUUCCCACUGCCUCACCCCUUUGUUGUUCUCAGUAAGCAGCAGCAACUUGGCCGUCAGGAGGCCAGGUGAGUGCCACCGCCACACCAUUUGCAGCCAUCAGGCUGUGCUCUGGAAAUUCAGGGCUGUGAUGUUGCUUCAGCAAGAAACAAAUCAAUAUUGAGCCCUGUAGAGCGUCGGCUCUAUCCUAAUGGUUGGCCCCCAUCCACAUUGUAAGGUGCUGCUUUAAUUGAAGGGGUCCGGCCCUCUCCAGGAGUCGUCUUCUGCAGUACAGUAGGGGAGCUUCUGGCCUUUUCCACACUAGAAUACACUGAGACCAGCAUUGCUGCAUCCUCAAGACGUGGGACACUGUCCCCCACACCACACCCUUGUUUGUAUGGUAGCAACACUUCUGGGACUGGCUCUGUGCUCCAGAGAGCUCCAUUCCAUCACCCGAAAUGGACUUGAAUUUCUUUUUGCUUUUAACUUGGUUUUUUUUGUUUUUUUGUUUUUUGCUUUUAUAUGAUGUUAUUUUGGGGUUUAAAUGUUUUUAUAAUGUUGUAAACAGCUAUAAUUUUUUCAAUGAUACUGCAGUAUAUAAAUAUUUUUAUAACUAAGUAAAUAAAUCUGACUUCUGGUCCUG